AUGGAUAACCAUAAAGUCCUUAUACUGCUUCCCGAAUCCUUGGAGAUACAGGAGCACAUAGCAUUCAUAUCAACUAUAUUCCAAAAGCAAUAUGACGAAACAGAAUCUAUUGCACGAGAUGUGCAAUGGAAGACUAAGUACUACGAGACCACUUUAGAUCUAUACAUCGAUACAUACGAUGUGCUCCAAGAAUGGGUAAAUGAUUUUGUCUCUGACGAAUGUAAGGAACUUAGAGAUGUAAUAUCUGGCAUAAUUUUUGUCUUCAAAGAUGAGGAUCAUAAACCUCCGGUUGAAUGCCUCAAGAACUUAAUUGAUGAGAGGAUAGAGGAUUUCACGGCAAAAUUCUUCAUUGGUUGUUACUUUAACGAAAAUGUCAUCGAGGAAGAUGAGCUUUAUGAACUUAAUAGCGACUUAUUGGUUCAAAAUUUCGAGAUUGUCAACUGGUUUGACAAACCCGACCCAUCCAUGGAUAAAGUGGGCUCUGAAAGAAUUAAAGAGAUAAUAGACGUACACCCGUGGUUAUCUCAUCCAGAGACUCUAAAAAAAAACCAAGGUCAAAUAAAUAUAAGCCCGAUUGAUUUGGAUUCAUUUAUGACGAAGUUAGAACAAGCAAAGGAAAGAUAUCAAACGUUUGAUGACAGUAAGGAAGCAGAAUUAUUCAUAGAGAAAAUUAUAGAUGAACUCUCUGAUAUGAUAGUAUGA